AUGGCGUUCCAGCAGUUUGAGAAAGCCAUCGUGUCCAUCAGUCCGAAGCUCAUCGGGAGCGAGUUUGGUGUAUUCCAGGAUAGCGAAUUUCAGCCGGCUCUCACAAUCAUGUACCCAAUCGCCUGGCUCCAGAAGCAGAUCCUCGCUGUUGCGCCGAGCGACUACACGCCGGUCCCAAUACUCAACAUCGUCUACCUCCCGCCAAGCCACUCCACCCCAGCCGUCCUCCACUCUGAACCGACACCGCAAGCCGGACCACUCCCAUUCUACCUCGAUCUCUGGCACACUCUUACCUCGACUCUGGCUGCGGUCAUGGAUGGUUUCAAUCACUCCCCUCUACUCUUCUGGCUUCUCCUCUCGGCUUUACUCCUGCUCUUCAUCAUCAUCGGCGCAUCAUGCUACUUCCUUGGGGUAGCUCGAGCGCGAAAGGACCCAGUUCAUGAGGAUAUCACACCGCUCGAUGCACUAGCCAAGAGCUCGAAUCUCGGGAAGCGGCACCUGGCCAUAGCUGCUGUCGUGGGCUUCUUGCUCGGUCUCACCGAUAUCUCUGGUCAAUUCUGGAAGCUGGCCGCCAAAAUUCAUGUCACCAGCGGCUCCUUUGUCACCGUUUGCCUUGUCGCAUACUUUGUCCUGCUCAAGUACAUUACCUGGAAGGCCUUACCAGUCGCGGAAAUCUUUCUCGAACACGGAAUGCUCGCAUCUGCUGCCAUACUAUCGGAAGAGCCUGCCACAGCUGUUCCUGUCGCGGAGACAUCGCGACCAUCGACAUCCUCUCGCGGUAUGCAGACCGGUGAUCUUCCUGUGUCGCCUGCUGCACCACCAUCGCCUGUUCUCGACUUCUGCAUUCCCGCCUGCGCCGCUGUAUCGACUGAGCCGACCGUCCCCGCCGUUGCUGUUGUCGAGAACAAGCCUUCGCCGACUGUCGCAGCUGUCCCUGUCCUCCGCAUCGUUCGUCCAUACCGCGGCACUACACCGACUGAUCUCGCGGCGAGUGCUCCUGUUGCUGUGGUUGAGAAGUCGUCAUCCUUCGUGUUCAGCGGCCCAGCACCCACGGCCGAAGACUUCGAAUUCUUCGCUCCGUCCGCCUUCUGCGCCGCCAACCCUGAUGCGCCAAAGCGUUUUCCUGCGGCCCAGCAGCAGAUUCCUGUUCGCGACGAGGAGAAGCCUGGCAAGCUCGUCGCCGGCUCGAACCCCACCGCCGCCGAGUUCAGCUUCGGUUCGCUGGGCUUGGCGACCAAAGCCUUCGGGCCUGGCCCAGAAUUCGAGCCGGCCAGACCCCGGCAGUUCAAUUUUGCUGUCGCAGACGGGACGACAAGCAACGCUGGGGCGGUCGUCUCCCAGCCGUACAGGCUGCAGGGGGGUGAGCUCACCGAGAGCAGCACCAUGAUCCCUGUUCCGGUAGUCGAGAAGAGCGCACCAGAAGCUGCGACCAGUGAGACGGUCACGCCAGAGCCAGCUCAGGAACCACAGGUGCCGGAGCUAGCGGCUGAAAAGCAGGUCGGCGCUGAAGGGCCUGACGGUCGGCAGGAAGAGCAGGGUGUCUGGGGUGAGCAUCGUGCGGGAAGUGAGAGGACGCACAGGAAUAGGAAGUUGAGAGGAAAGAAAAGAGCGGCGGCAAGGGGGCAGGUGGUCUUUGAGUGGAGGGAAGACGGCAUUGCGAAGGAGUAUGAGGGUGGGAGGGUGGACUGGGAUGAUGAGCUGAAGUCCAACGCCCUCGACGCGCGGAGGUGGAGCACGACUCCCGCCAAGGUUGCCAAUGGCCGCGGCGAGGAAGGACAGCCACACCAUAUCCAACGUCAUGCUCGUAUUCUCUCUUUCUACGGAUAUACCCACGACCUAUCCUACAAUUCAGCGCGUGCGAGAGUCCCUCAUCCACCUGCGAGACCACAAUGA